AUGCAUCUUGAAGUUCAAGGAACCUUUAUAGCUCCAACAAGCCCUAACGCGCACAAUAAGGCUAGUUGGAUUACCUUUGCCUACAUCGAUCGAUUAACAAUAUCCGGCGGUGGGACAUUCGAUGGAAGAGGAGAAAUUGCUUGGAAGCAAAAUAACUGUGGCCAAAACCCAAAAUGCAAGUCACUUCCAAUUGUAAGCACAAUUGAAUGCUCUCUCGCAUAUCUUCACUUUUCUGCAACCCUAUCUCUGUUCGAGCGUAACUUCCUGGGCGGCAAGAAUUUCCAUGUCAAUGUUAUGGGGCCAGCGUUACCUUCGGCACUUCUGAUCAUUGCACUGGGACAUAGCAUCAACACAGAUGGAAUUCACAUUGGACGAUCAAAGAGGAUCAAUAUCAUUGAUUCAGACAUUAUCACCGGUGAUGAUUGCAUCUCAAUUGGAGAUGGGAGCCAACAAAUACGAAUCACGAAAGUAAGAUGCGGGCAGGGCCAUGGCAUUAGUGUAGGAAGUUUAGGGAAGUACGAGAAGGAAGACCCUGUGGUUGGAAUUUUUGUAAGGAAUUGCACAGUCUACGACACCGAUAAUGGUGUGAGAAUUAAGACUUGGCCUGCAUUACAUGGUGGCAUUGCAUCUGAUAUGCAUUUCGAAGACAUUAUCAUGAAAAAUGUCAGCAAUCCUAUCCUCAUUGAUCAAGUGUAUUGCCCAUGGAAUCAAUGCAAUCCAAAGGUAAAGAUCAACAACGUUAGCUUCAAGAAUAUUGGGCUCUUCAACAACUCCCAUAGCCAUUCGACUUAA